GCUCCCGCCCGCUUGUGCCGCCGCCGCCGCGGCCGCCGGCUAAGCAACUUCUCGAGCUCCCGCGACCGGCCGGACCCCGGCGCCGCCCCCGGCCCAGCGCCCAGCCGGCCGAGGCCAUGGACGCGCUGGCCUGGCUGCUGCCCCCGCUCCUGCUUCUCUGCGCGCAGCAGCACCGCGGCACCAGAGCCCCCCAUGGACCAGGUACCCCGCCUGCCCCACUGACUCUACCUGAACCAGUGGAGGAGCGUAGGGCCCUCCGGGACCCAGAGCACCAUGUAGCCCCGCCUCCAGGGCACUCCGGCCCCCGCAUCCCUUCGCAGCUGCAGAAACGGCCACCUUGUCCCAGCACCUGCCCUGUCCACACGCUGCACCCAGCCUUCACCUGGAGCGACCCUGUGGGCCUGCGGGGAGAGCGGGCUUUGCAGGGCAAUGAAUGACAUUGGCGACUAUGUCGGCUCCAACCUGGAAAUAUCCUGGCUCCCCAACCUGGACGGUUUGAUACAGGGCUACGCCCGCAACUUCCGGCCUGGCAUCGGAGGCCCCCCCGUGAACGUGGCACUCGUCAUCGAGGUGGCCAGCAUCGACCACAUCUCGGAGGCGAACAUGGAGUACACCGUGACGGUGUUUCUGCAUCAGAGCUGGCGCGACAGCAGGCUGUCCUACAACCACACCAACGAGACCCUGGGCCUGGACAGCCGCUUCGUGGACAAGCUGUGGCUCCCAGACACCUUCAUCGUGAACGCCAAGUCGGCCUGGUUCCACGACGUGACGGUGGAGAACAAGCUCAUCCGGCUGCAGCCCGACGGGGUGAUUCUCUACAGCAUCCGAAUCACCUCCACGGUGGCCUGCGACAUGGACCUGGCCAAGUACCCCAUGGACGAGCAGGAGUGCAUGCUGCACCUGGAGAGCUACGGCUACUCGUCCGAGGACAUCGUCUACUACUGGUCCGAAAACCAGGGGCAGAUCCACGGGCUGGACAGGCUGCAGCUGGCCCAGUUCACCAUCACCAGCUACCGCUUCACCACGGAGCUGAUGAACUUCAAAUCGGCCGGCCAGUUCCCCCGGCUCAGCCUGCACGUCCACCUCCGGAGGAACCGGGGCGUCUACGUCAUCCAGUCCUACAUGCCCUCCAUCCUCCUGGUCGCCAUGUCCUGGGUCUCCUUCUGGAUUAGCCAGGCAGCAGUGCCCGCCAGGGUGUCUCUAGGCACCACCACAGUGCUGACCAUGGCCACACUGAUGGUCAGUGCCCGCUCCCCCCUCCCGCGGGCAUCGGCCAUCAAGGCGCUGGACGUGGACUUCCGGGUCUGCUACGUCUUUGUGUUUGCCGCCCUGGUGGAGUACGCCUUCGCCCACUUCAGCGCUGACUACCGGAAGAAGCAAAAGGCCAAGGUCAAGGUCAAGGAGCAGAGGGCCGAGAUGGACGUGAAGAAUGCCAUCGUGCUCUUCUCCCUUUCGGCCGCCGGCGUCACCCAGGAGCUGGCCGUGUCCCGCCGGCAGUGCCGCGUGCCCGGGAACCUCAUGGGUUCCUACAGGUCGGUGGAGGUGGAGACAGAGGAGGCGAAGAAGCAGGGGGCCCAGGGGGGCCUCCGUGCGCUUUUCAAGCCCAUCGACGCGGACACCAUUGACAUCUACGCCCGUGCCGUGUUCCCGGCGGCCUUCGCCGCUGUCAACGUCAUCUACUGGGCCGCGUACACCAUGUGAGGCCGGCUUCGCAGGUCCCAUGCCCAGGACCUCCUGGGGGAAGGACCCCCAGGGGCUCUGCGUGUUUCACAGGGGGGAGGACCACGGGCCACAUAAAAGGAGAGGAAGGCCUCAGCCUCGCUCAGCACCCCCAAGCUCUGUCCCCACCCUCACCCGGACCCCUGGUCUGCAGAAGACGGCCCAGCAUCUCCUCUCCUGCAGCCCAGCCUCCUGACCCGGGAGCCAGGCAGGCACCGGGCCCCGGGGAGCUUUGCGUCUGACUCGGAAAAGGAUCCUGAUUCUGGGACUUCGCUCUGUGGGUUUGGACCAGGGAUGGGGAGGAGGCUGGGCGUGGGAGGUGCUCAUCUUCUCGGUGAGAAAGUGGGAAGGCCUUUGGUCCCAGCAUGAAAUAAAACGGAGCCUUUGGCCGCUGCUUAAAUUCA